CCCAAAAGAAACUUACACAAAUCUGUUUCUCCAUGCUUCAUUCUUUCCCUCGGUGGUCCUAGCUAAUAACCUGGAGAGGGACUCGUAAAUUUUGAGGGUUUUGAAGGAAGAGACAGAGGAAAGGGAAAUAUGGAUUGGAAUGGCAGCAUAAGGACCUUUGUUCCUCGACCAGAACCUUCUUUUAACUUCCUGUUCAACUGUAACUAUGAUCAUCAUCAAUAUCCAGGAAUGGAGAUGUGGCAUCCUGCUGCAAUGGCUGAGGCCACAGCCGCUGCAACACAUGGGUUAGUUCCGGUAAUGGAGAAGAAUUGCUAUGGUAAUGAUGGUAUGGAGAAGAAGAAGAGGUUGACGAAUGAUCAGUUGGAGUCACUGGAGAGGAGUUUCCAGGAGGAGAUCAAGUUGGACCCUGAUCGGAAAAUGAAGCUGUCUAGGGAGCUCGGUCUCCAGCCUAGGCAGAUUGCGAUUUGGUUCCAAAAUAGGCGCGCUAGAUGGAAAGGGAAGCAGCUUGAGCGCUUGUAUGAUGCUCUUAAGCAGGAGUUUGAUGUUGUCUCCAAGGAGAAACAGAAACUCCUUGAAGAGGUCCUGAAAUUAAGGGCUAUGCUGAGGGAUAAACAGGUGACUGCAAGGAACCAAGCGUCCACCGGUUACACAGAAGUCUCCGGUGAAGAGACAGUGGAAAGCACAUCCAUUCGGAGCUCGGACGAAAAGGGAGGAGCAGCUGGCCGCCGUCAUCAGAUCGCUCAGUGCAACUAUCUUUUCAAUGUGGAUGAGUAUAACCCAGUAUCAUCACCUCCCUGCUGGGGCGUGCAGCUGUCUUCUUAUCCCUCCUAAUGAUAGUUUUAAUUUAGUUUAGUUAGGUUUAAUUAUAAUUUUCCUAGACUUAUAUUAAUUAAUCUUAGUUAAGUAGGUUUAAUUAUAAUUUUCCUAGAUUUAUCUUCAUUAAUCUUAGUCAAGUAGGUUUAAUUAUAAUUUUCCUAGACUUAUCUUAAUUAAUCUUAAGUAGUUCU